AUGGCGCAGCAUGACUUUGUUCCUGCUUGGCUAAAUUUCUCAACGCCACAGUCAGCUAAGUCACCUACAGCGACUUUCCAAAAAUACAGAGAGCACCUACCCCGAGGAGAUGGUAGAUUUGGAGUAAGCCGUUGUAGACAUAAUUCCUCUGAUGGCUUUUUCAACAAUGGACCUCUUCAAACGACAGGAGAUUCAUGGCACCAGCCCUCCCUGUUCCGCCAUGAUUCUGUGGACUCUGGUGUCUCUAAGGGAGCAUAUGCUGGAAUCACAGGGAACCUAUCUGGUUGGCAUGGCUCUUCACGAGGUCAUGAUGGCAUGAGCCAGCGUAGUGGGGGUGGCACAGGAAACCAUCGCCAUUGGAAUGGCAGCUUCCAUUCCCGGAAAGGCUGUGCCUUUCAGGAAAAGCCACCUACAGAUAUUAGGGAAGAGAAGAAAGAAGAUAAGGUGGAAAAGUUGCAGUUUGAAGAGAAGGACUUUCCUUCUUUGAAUCCAGAAGCUGGCAAACAGAAUCAGCCAUGCAGACCUAUUGGGACCCCUUCUGGAGUGUGGGAAAACCCACCUAGUGCCAAGCAACCCUCCAAAAUGCUAGUCAUCAAAAAAGUUUCCAAAGAAGAUCCUGCUGCUGCCUUCUCUGCUGCAUUCACCUCACCAGGAUCUCACCAUGCAAAUGGAAACAAAUCAUCAACCAUGGUUCCAAGUGUCUAUAAGAACCUGGGUCCUAAGCCUGUACCACCUCCAUCCAAGGCCAGUGCGUGGAAAGCUAACAGAAUGGAACACAAAUCAGGACCCCUUUCCUCUAGCCGAGAGUCUGCUUUUACCAGUCCAAUCUCUGUUACCAAACCAGUAGUACUGGCUGGUGGUGUAGUUUUAAGCUCUCCCAAAGAGAGUCCCGCCAGCACCACUCCUCCGAUUGAGAUCAGCUCCUCUCGUCUGACCAAGUUGACCCGCUGAACUACUGACAGGAAGAGCGAGUUCCUAAAGACUCUGAAGGAUGACCGGAAUGGAGACUUCUCAGAGAGCAGAGAGUGUGAGAAGUUGGAAGAUUCGGAGGACAACAGCACACCUGAAACAAAGGAAAAUGGGGAGGAAGUCUGCCACCAGAAUGGUCUCGCGCUCCCUGUAGAGGAGGAUGGGGAGGCCCUCUCACACUCUUUGGAAGCAGAGCACAGGUUACUGAAAGCAAUGGGAUAGCAGGAGUAUCCUGAAAAUGACGAGAAUUGUCUUCCCCUCACAGAGGACGAGCUCAGAGAGUUCCACAUGAAGACAGAGCAGCUGAGAAGAAAUGGCUUUGGAAAGAAUGGCUUCUUGCAGAGUCGAAGUUCCAGCCUAUUCUCCCCUUGGAGAAGCACUUGCAGGGCAGAGUUUGAGGACUCAGGCACAGAGACAAGUAGCAGUGAGACAUCUGAUGACGAUGCCUGGAAGUAGGCGUAUAAAUGCUCACAGUUAAAUCUGACCCAGUAAA